GGUGAUGAGAUCCUCAUCAGUCACUAUUUUUAGAGUCUUUUUAAUAAGUUUUAAUAUCAUUUUAUUAGUUUAGUGUUUAAUUUAGAGUCAUUUUAAAUAAAUUGCAAUUAUUGAUUUAUUGAAUCAAUUAAGUGUUUUUCUCUAUUAAAAUAAUAUUUUGUGUAGUUUUUAUUUUCUUGGUUCAACUUAACAUGUUUAUGGUUGAGUGCAAAAAUUAUAUUAACAAUUGUUUUAGUGUAAUGGGCUGGUGUGAAUAGAAAACAGACUGAUGAAUAGCCCAAGAAAAUGCAACAUGCUAAAGUGGCCCAAGAAGAUACAGGAGAAUUCAAUGCAUAUUUUGCAUAUAACAAGAGGAGCUACGCUGGGGAAGGAUAUGACGCAGAGGAGGAGAAAAACAUGAACAGUGCGUGGGGCACUUGAAGGAAUGAAGGGAACGACUCCAAGCUACAAGCUGACACCUUAUUAAUUGGUUUUAGUUUCUUUAUUUCUUCUUUUGUUUUCAUUAUGAGUAGCUAGUUCUCUUUUGAUUGGUUUUGUAAGAUGAACUUGUAUGAAUAUAUGGGUUUAUAUGUUAGGUCUUUGAACUAAUACUCUUUUGAUUAAUUAAAUUCGUUAUUCAAUCAAUCUUUGUGUUUAAUGCUUUAUGGGUAUUGAUGAAUGUUCAUGUAUGAUUUGAGAUUCAUAUUGAUUAAGAGAUUAAUUGUAUGAAUUGGACCUAAAUUGAUUGUUCAACCUUGUAAUUGAUCUAGAGAUAGGGAAUUAGAGGUUGUGACUUAUGGUUUAACGUUCAAUGUUUGCCUAUUUUAACUAUUCAAUUGGCCUAAGAGAUUAGGGUAUUAUAGUGUAAAAUAGUGAGUUAUACACCAUGAGAAUGGGUAUAGUGGCUUAGUUAAACCGUCGUGAUAAUUGGAUUGAUCAUUAUAAGGGUAUUAGACGCUAACAUCCAUACUGAAAUACGAGGGAUUCGAAACAAACCCAAUCGCUUUCUUUAAUUGUUGAAUUUAAACAUUUUUCCUUUCAAUUGUUAAUCAAAUGCUAUGCAUUCCCCCCAAAAUGUCAUUUAAUUUCCUCCUAAGAAAUAGUUUAAUUGUUUUGCUUUAGAUUAAUCUCAAUCCCUGAGGAUCGAUAAUUUUUUACUACUUGACGAUAAUUGGUACACUUGCCAAUAAUUCAUCAAGUUUUUGGCGCCGUUGCCAGGGAUUGUUGAUUAAUUUUGACAAGGCAAUUUAGCUUUACUUAGGAUUUUAGUACAGAAUUAUUAUUUUUUUCUUUCUAUUAUUUAGCCUUAUUAGUUUUUCUUUUAUAUUGUUGUGCUGCUUGGGUAUUUGUUUGUUUGUGUUUGCUCAGGUACAAUUGAAAUGGCGGAGGUGCAACCACCGCCACCACCAAGGAGAACCUUGGGAGAUUAUGGUAGAGGAGCAAAUGGAGAUCAAGAUUUUAGAGGGUUUCAACCGGCAAACCCGGUAGCUUUUGAUAUCAGAAGUUCCGUCAUAAAAGCUUUAAAGGAGAACAAGUUUUCUGGGGCCGACUCAGAGUGUCCAAAUCUGCAUUUGAGUAACUUCUUAGAUGUGUGUGAUUACACCGACCCUCCGGGUGUCUCGGAAUGUGCUAAAAGGUUGAGGCUAUUCAAAUUUUCUCUUACCGGAAGAGCCAGAGAUUGGCUGGAUACCUUGCCUAACGGGACAAUUAAAACAUGGAACGAAUUGAGAGUCAAAUUUUCGGAGCGCUUUUUCCCAAUUUACAAGUUCCUAGAAAAAAAAGCCGAGAUCACAAACUUCGAACAAGGAGAUUCCGAGUCUCUUUAUGACGGAUGGGAAAGGUUCAAACUCCUCUUGAAGAAGUGUCCCGAUCAUGGUGUGGAUAAUUUGGCUCAAAUGCAAUAUUUUACUCAAGGUUUAAGAGCACAAACUCGCAUGUUACUUGAUGUAUCCGCGGGUGGUUCCAUUAAUAACAAGGUUGCAAAUGAGGCUAAAGAGCUUGUGGAAGCCAUGGCGCAAAAUGAAUAUAGAGCUCUUAAUGAGAAAGGAGCUAAGAAUAAAGUGAGUACGAUGGAGCUUGACACUCAAAGGGCUUUGUUAGCAAAUUUAAAGCUCAUGAAUAUUCACAUGGAGACUUUUAUAAAACACUUGACCACCAACAAGCUUGUUCAUGCUCAAGUACAACAAGUGUCAAUAUCACAAGCUCAACUUCCACCAAGUAGACCUUCACCAUUGGAAGAAACUCUUUCUCAAGUCAUGAAGAUGAUACAAGUAAAUUUCGAGGCUAUGAAGACAAGUCAAGAAGCUAUGAAGAUAAGUCAAGAAUCAACAAAUAAAAAUCAUGAAGCCUACAUCAAGAAUUUAGAAACACAAAUGGGCCAAUUGUCUAGGCAAGUUGCGUCGUCAUCUAAUGGCGGAUUUGAAGGAAACACAUGCAAUAAUCCUAAAAAGGAGAGUUGUAAUGCAAUUCAUUUGCGAAGUAGAGUGGUGCCUACACCGGUAAGUGAGCCACGUUCCAAGGAAAAUAUGUCAAAUGAAGUUGAGGAUGAGGUGGUAAAAGGAAGGAGUGGAAAGGAAAAAUAUCAUGAGGGAGAAGUUGAAAAUGAGAGAAGUGGUGAGCUUGAGAAAGAAGUCGAAAAUAAGAGUGAAAAUGAAAAAAUAGAAAAAAGUGAGAAAGAAAAAGAAAAAGAGGGAGGAGUUGAAAAUGAGAGAAAUGUGGAAGAGAAGAAAAAAGACGAUGCAAGAUUUGUCGAUAACGACUCAAAUUUGAAGAAAAUUAAGAGUAAAAUUUUGAAAGAUGGAGAAAAAGCUCAAGUAGUUCUACCUCAUGAAAAGCUACCCUACCCUCACAAAAAGAAGAGUAAGAGAAAAGAUAUUGAUUUUAAGAAGUUCAUGGAGGUGUUUAAUAGCCUUCAAGUCACAAUUCCGUUUAUGGAAGCUUUGGAGCAAAUGCCUAUGUAUGCCAAGUUCAUGAAGGAGUUGUUGACUAAGAAGAGGAAGCCUAAAGAGGAUGAAAUCGUGUUGUUGACGGAAGAGUGUAGUGCAAUUCUUCAAAGAAAACUCCCACAAAAGAAGAAAGAUCCCGGUAGUUUCACUAUACCUUGUUCUAUUGGGAAUUUACAUGUUGGGAGAGCACUUUGUGACUUAGGAGCAAGCAUCAACUUGAUGCCCCUCUCUAUGAUGAAAAAAAUACCCGGUGCCAUAGCUAACCCCACCAAGAUGCAAUUAUCUCUUGCGGAUCGGUCAAUCACGUACCCCUAUGGAAUCUUACAAGAUGUUUUGGUAAGAGUGGCCGAAUUUGUCUUUCCGGCGGAUUUUGUAAUUCUCGAUAUGGAGGAAAAUGCCGAAGUGCCUCUUUUAUUGGGAAGACCCUUUUUGGCAACCGGGAGAGCUCUAAUUGAUGUGGAGAUGGGUGAUUUAAUGUUGAGGUUCAAUGAUGAGAAAGUUAACUUCAACAUCUUUGAAGGUAUGAGAAAUCAAGAUGAGAUUCCACAAUGCUUUAAAGCGGAUGUCAUUGAAGAUGAGAGUGAGAACUCAAAGACAGAAGCAACAAAGUCAAUUUCUCCGGAUUUGAAAGCACUCCCUUCUAAUGGGAAAUUUGUAUUUUUGGGAGAUGAUUAUAAGCAACCGGUGAUCGUUAGUAGGUUGCUCACCCCUUUGAAGAAGGAGGAAAAGAGGAGCCGAGUGGAAUCAAAUUUGAAGUAUCCUCCCUAACUUGAAUGAUGGUGCGUCGAGCUCGGGACGUUAAACACGCGCUUCAUGGGAGGCAACCCAUGUGAUCUCUAUGAAAACAGACUGAUGAAUAGCCCAAGAAAAUGCAACAUGCUAAAGUGGCCCAAGAAGAUACAGGAGAAUUCAAUGCAUAUUUUGCAUAUAACAAGAGGAGCUACGCUGGGGAAGGAUAUGACGCAGAGGAGGAGAAAAACAUGAACAGUGCGUGGGGCACUUGAAGGAAUGAAGGGAACGACUCCAAGCUACAAGCUGACACCUUAUUAAUUGGUUUUAGUUUCUUUAUUUCUUCUUUUGUUUUCAUUAUGAGUAGCUAGUUCUCUUUUGAUUGGUUUUGUAAGAUGAACUUGUAUGAAUAUAUGGGUUUAUAUGUUAGGUCUUUGAACUAAUACUCUUUUGAUUAAUUAAAUUCGUUAUUCAAUCAAUCUUUGUGUUUAAUGCUUUAUGGGUAUUGAUGAAUGUUCAUGUAUGAUUUGAGAUUCAUAUUGAUUAAGAGAUUAAUUGUAUGAAUUGGACCUAAAUUGAUUGUUCAACCUUGUAAUUGAUCUAGAGAUAGGGAAUUAGAGGUUGUGACUUAUGGUUUAACGUUCAAUGUUUGCCUAUUUUAACUAUUCAAUUGGCCUAAGAGAUUAGGGUAUUAUAGUGUAAAAUAGUGAGUUAUACACCAUGAGAAUGGGUAUAGUGGCUUAGUUAAACCGUCGUGAUAAUUGGAUUGAUCAUUAUAAGGGUAUUAGACGCUAACAUCCAUACUGAAAUACGAGGGAUUCGAAACAAACCCAAUCGCUUUCUUUAAUUGUUGAAUUUAAACAUUUUUCCUUUCAAUUGUUAAUCAAAUGCUAUGCAUUCCCCCCAAAAUGUCAUUUAAUUUCCUCCUAAGAAAUAGUUUAAUUGUUUUGCUUUAGAUUAAUCUCAAUCCCUGAGGAUCGAUAAUUUUUUACUACUUGACGAUAAUUGGUACACUUG